AUGAGUACUCUAGCAACACAAUUUACAAUAGUUGUGACAUUGCUUCUAGUGUUCCUAAUUAAAAUAGAGGGAGAUCAUUCAGCUUCAAUUUCAAAUGAUGAAGUGAACGCAAAUUUGAUCAAUAUUGUAGCUGAGGAUGUUGGUGUGGAAGAAGAAUCACAUGAUUGCAGUACAAGACCGUGGAUAUGUAGCACGGGAACAUUUCCAUCAAGAAGCAUAUGUUGUGGAAAUCGAUGUGUUGAUAUUUCUAACGACAUAAACAAUUGUGGGAUGUGUGGUGUAAAUUGUCCACUUACUUGGCAAUGUUGUAACCGUUUAUGUGUAAACACAAACUUAAGCCCUUUCAAUUGUGGUGGAUGUGGAAGGGUUUGUCCUAUUGGAAGUUUAUGUCGAUUUGGUAUGUGUGCAAUUACUUUUACUUAUCCAGCCCCACCGCCACUACUUCCUCCAAUGGAGUAA